UUUUAAGCAGCGACGAAUGUCAAAACGGCACAGAAAAAGAGAGAGAGAGAGAGAAACGGAAACCCCCCCACAGAAAAAGCAGCCGCAGCAGCAAUCAUGGCGGAUCUGUACGGAACGCCGCCGGACUCGGAAGAAAUCUCCAACAUUCUCAGCCACCUCCUCCACGGCGGCUCCUCCUCUUCCUGCGGGGCGCCCCUCAAGCCCGCCACUUACAUGCACCUACUCAACUCCUCCUCAGUGCCGCCGCCGCCGCACGAGCAUCCUCAAUUGUUGCCCCGAUCGGCGGACCGGUCCGACUCCGACCGCCCCUCUGACUUCAACUUCUCCGAUUCCGGCGGCGGGUAUUUCAUGGACUCCGACGCCAACACUUCAAAGAAGGGGAGGAGAGUUCCGUCGGAGAAUGAUCUCGGUGACGUCAGCUGUGACAGUGAGGGUCCUGAAGCGCCGGAGGUUCCAUUAAACCCAGCUCCGCCGCGUAGUUCGUCCAAGAGAAGCAGAGCGGCGGAGGUCCAUAACUUGUCGGAAAAGAGAAGGAGGAGUAAGAUUAAUGAGAAAAUGAAAGCUUUGCAGAACCUGAUUCCAAAUUCUAACAAGACGGAUAAGGCUUCGAUGCUGGAUGAAGCAAUUGAGUAUUUGAAGCAGCUCCAGCUUCAAGUACAGAUGUUAACGAUGAGAAAUGGACUGGGUUUGCAUCCCAUGUGCUUACCAGGAAUGAUGCAGCCUGUGCAGUUUCCUCAUAUGGCAUUGGGCUUUGACGAAGGAAGUGACAAAGUUCCAAAGUCUAGCAGAGGAAUGAGCCCAUUUUUUGGUAGUGAAGAAAACUCAAUGCAAUCAGCUUAUAAUAUUUCCAGUGGAUGCACAAUCUUGAAUCAGCCAAUGGUCGUACCCUCAGCUGCAAAUGUCCCUGCUUUGGAAGCCUCAUUCGUCUUUGAACCAUCGACUCAAGCUUACUACAGACCCUUCUUUGCUGCCGCAUCUUCUAAGGAACUAUUAUUCGGUGAAGGUGAGCCGUCCUCAAAAUCAGAUUCCAAUCGGACUGGGAUAAACUCUUCAUCAGAUGCUGAUAAGGUGUCCUCAAAGAGACCUGAUGCUGAUCAUUGUACCAUUGUUGAUGAGGCAGUGAGAUAUAUCAAAUCCCUCGAGCACACUCUACAAACAGCGCAAAAGCAAAGGCUUGCUAAAUUGCGGAGUAGCGCUUCUUCAUCCAUUAUUACAUCGAAAACAGAAGCUAGGAGUGAUGCUGGUGUUACAAGAAAAGCGUUUUUAGCUGAUCAUUUUCAGGAGGAGGAGGAGGAUCGACCAUCAAAGAAGUUGGCUUACGGAAACAAUCCAUCACCUACUUCUCUUGAUUCUCAGCAGGCCAGCUGCUUCAAGACGUGGUUUUCCCCUAAUAUUGUGGUGAACAUAUGCGGCAAUGAGGCUCACGCUGGUGGAGCUUGUGAUGAUACUCUUCCAGCUGGGGCGUUAUCAGUAGAGGACACUUUCAAUCUAGCAGCAGUUUCGAAGAAGAACACAAUGUCUGGGUACUCGUUUUUGAACGACCAGCUGUCUCGGCGCACCUCCAUUUUCGGGUUACACCUCUGGGUGGUUCUUGGAAUUUGUGUCGGAGCAGCCAUAGUUCUGGUUCUGUUUCUCAUCUCUCUAUGGUUCACUUCACGCCGGAACAGUAGUUCGUCAAAUUCUAAGGCCGCCCAGAACCCGACAAUCCCAAAUGUCUCCAAGGAGAUCCAAGAAAUCCGAAUCGACUGCUCCCGGAGCACCUACGCCCCGCCCGACCCGAAGCCGGCCCAGCAGCACCCCGACCCGGUUGCGGAGUCGGAUCCCCUGGCGGCCAGAGCCCAGGCGGUGCUGCUUCAGCCGGACGAGGACAGCCCAGCGAGCACUGGAAGGCAGAGGAUUCACAUUGAAAUUGGCAAGGACCAUCGGAUUUCGUACCCGGAAAAAGGCGGUGGGUCGUCGUACGGGAGCGGCGAGACUCGCUCCGGCGACCAGGGGGGGAUCGCUGGGCCGGAGGUGUCGCAUUUGGGGUGGGGGCAUUGGUAUACACUCAGAGAGCUUGAGGAUGCUACUAAUGGGUUUGCUGAUGAGAAUGUGAUUGGUGAAGGUGGAUAUGGGAUUGUGUACAGAGGUGUUUUGGAGGAUAACUCAAUGGUUGCAGUCAAGAAUUUGCUCAAUAACAAGGGACAAGCUGAGAAGGAGUUCAAGGUUGAAGUUGAAGCAAUUGGUCGUGUUCGCCAUAAGAAUUUAGUGAGGUUGCUUGGCUACUGUGCUGAAGGUGCUCACAGGAUGCUUGUGUAUGAGUAUGUUGACAACGGAAACCUGGAACAAUGGCUUCAUGGAGAUGUCGGGCCUCUCAGCCCUCUGACAUGGGAGAAUCGCAUGAAUAUAAUACUUGGGACAGCGAAAGGGUUGACAUACUUGCAUGAGGGACUAGAGCCCAAGGUUGUUCACCGUGAUAUUAAGUCCAGCAACAUCUUGCUUGAUAAGCAGUGGAAUUCUAAAGUAUCUGACUUUGGCCUAGCAAAGCUCCUGGGCUCAGAAAGGAGUUAUGUGACAACUCGUGUGAUGGGAACAUUUGGAUAUGUAGCUCCAGAAUAUGCUAGUACUGGCAUGUUGAAUGAAAGAAGUGAUGUUUAUAGUUUUGGGAUUCUCAUAAUGGAGAUUAUUUCGGGGAGAAACCCAGUAGACUAUAGCAGGCCUGCAGGAGAGGUGAACCUAGUUGAAUGGCUUAAAACAAUGGUUACCAAUCGGACCGCCGAGGGAGUUUUAGAUCCUAGAUUGCCAGAGAAGCCUUCUUCCAGGGCAUUGAAGCGUGCUCUUCUGGUUGCCUUACGUUGUGUGGACCCGAAUGCUCAGAAGAGGCCAAAAAUGGGGCAUGUGGUGCAUAUGCUUGAAGCUGAUGAGUUCCCUUUCCGAGAUGACCGCAGGCCUGGAAGAGAAUAUGGACGCUCACCGCGUGAUGCUGCAAAGCGUGUUAUGGAAUCAGGUGAUAGUAGCGGGUAUGACAGUGGUGCCCAAACUAACAUGUCAGUAUGGAAAAAGCAAGAAGUUGAAGAAGAGCGUUAGUUGUACCACGGUACCAGUCAGCAGCUUCAUGUAUAAGGUGAUUUGACACACCUUGUUUUACUGAUGUGCCUACGUCUAGAUCUAGAUCAACUGCUAUUUACUUCCCUGUAUAGUAGCUAGUCAUGUCAAUAUGAGUUUGCAGUCCAGCGUUUUGUUCCCUUCUCUUGAUGUAAUUGGAAUUACCAGAAUUCUAUUCUGCUUUUCCCACUGGCUGUUGUAUAACCAUAUUAGUAUAAAUAGAUCAUUUUCAUUCUUCUCA